CUGCCCUGUCUCUGCCCCCAGCCCAGCAGCCCACAGAGGCCAGAGCUGAUUGUCCACCAGUGGGGCCCAGGGCCUGGGAGUGAGAGAGCCCAUCCCAGGCCACCCACUGCAGGACUGAAGCUCCUCAUCUUGAGAAACAGGAACCCCUGGAGCCUUGUCACAAGGUCAAAGGAGAAUGAACUUGUCCUACUGACAGAUGGAGCCUGAGGCUGGGCAGACGAUCCUGGGUCAGCAUGGAGCCCAGCACAGGCCCUCACGCGGGCCCAACCGUGGAGGGCGCUGAGCCCCCCGGGGAGGAGAGCAACCCUGGGGCGGAAGCCUUCCCCCUGUCUUCUCUGGCUAACCUGUUUGAGGGAGACGAAGGCUCCCCCACUCCAUCCACUGACGUGGGGCGGCCUCCUGGCCCCGGGGACGGGCGCCCCAACCUGCGCAUGAAGUUCCAGGGUGCCUUCCGUAAGGGGGUGCCCAACCCCAUCGACCUGCUGGAGUCCACCCUAUACGAGUCCUCGGUGGCACCUGGGCCCAAGAAGGCGCCCAUGGACUCGCUGUUUGACUACGGCACCUAUCGCCACCACCCCAGUGACAACAAGCGCUGGAGGAGGAAGGUCAUAGAGAAGCAGCCGCAGAGCCCCAAGGCCCCGGCACCCCAGCCGCCACCCGUCCUCAAGGUCUUCAACCGGCCCGUCCUCUUUGACAUCGUGUCCCGGGGCUCCACCUCAGACCUGGACGGCCUGCUGCCCUUCCUGCUGGCUCACAAGAAGCGUCUGACCGACGAGGAGUUCCGGGAGCCGUCCACGGGGAAGACCUGCCUGCCCAAGGCACUGCUCAACCUGAGCGGGGGCCGCAAUGACACAAUCCCCAUGCUGCUGGACAUUGCCGAGCGCGUGGGCAACGCACCUGAGUUCAUCAACGCGCCUUUCCGAGACAUCUACUACCGAGGUCAGACGGCCCUACACAUCGCCAUUGAACGCCGCUGCAAGCACUAUGUGGAGCUCCUGGUGGCCCGGGGGGCGGACGUGCACGCACAGGCCCGGGGCCGCUUCUUCCAGCCCAAGGACGAGGGAGGCUACUUCUACUUCGGUGAGCUGCCUCUGUCGCUGGCGGCCUGCACCAACCAGCCGCACAUCGUGCACUACCUGACGGAGAACCCCCACAAGAAGGCUGACCUGCGGCGCCAGGACUCCCGCGGCAACACCGUGCUGCACGCUCUGGUGGCCAUCGCAGACAACACCCGCGACAACACGCGCUUCGUCACCAAGAUGUACGACUUGCUGCUGCUCAAGUGCGCCCGCCUCUUCCCCGACAGCAACCUGGAGGCCCUGCUCAACAGCGACGGGCUCUCGCCCCUCAUGAUGGCCGCCAAGACUGGCAAGAUCGGGAUCUUCGCGCAUAUCAUCCGCCGGGAGGUGACUGACGAGGACACUCGCCACCUGUCCCGCAAGUUCAAGGACUGGGCCUACGGGCCCGUCUACUCCUCGCUCUACGACCUUUCGUCACUGGACACCUGUGGGGAGGAGGCCUCGGUGCUGGAGAUCCUGGUCUACAACGGCAAGAUUGAGAACCGUCACGAGAUGCUGGCCGUGGAGCCCAUCAACGAGCUGCUGUGUGACAAGUGGCGCAAAUUCGGGGCCGUGUCCUUCUACAUAAACGUGGCGUCCUACCUGUGCGCCAUGAUCAUCUUCACCCUGACCGCCUACCACCAGCCGCUGGAGGGUGCCCCGCCCUACCCGUACCGCACCACACCGGACUACCUGCGGCUGGCGGGUGAGCUGAUCACACUGGGCACCGGGGUGCUCUUCUUCUUCACCAACAUUAAAGACCUGUUCAUGAAGAAAUGCCCCGGAGUGAACUCUCUCUUCAUCGACGGCUCCUUCCAGCUGCUCUACUUCAUCUACUCGGUGCUGGUGAUCCUGGCGGCCUCGCUCUACCUGGCAGGCGUGGAGGCCUACCAGGCCGUCAUGGUGUUCGCCCUGGUCCUGGGCUGGAUGAACGCCCUCUACUUCACGCGCGGCUUGAAGCUGACGGGGACCUACAGCAUCAUGAUCCAGAAGAUCCUCUUCAAGGACCUCUUCCGCUUCCUGCUGGUCUACUUGCUCUUCAUGAUCGGCUAUGCCUCAGCCCUGGUCUCCCUCCUGACGCCGUGCGCCAACCUGCGGGCCUGCCCUGAGCCCGGGGACACCAACUGCACGGCGCCCAGCUACCCCGCCUGCCGCGACGCCGACACCUUCAGCACCUUCCUGCUGGACCUGUUCAAGCUGACCAUCGGCAUGGGCGACCUGGAGCUGCUGCGGGGCACCAGGUACCCCGCCGUCUUCGCCGUCCUGCUGGUCACCUACAUCGUGCUCACGUUCGUGCUGCUGCUCAACAUGCUGAUAGCGCUCAUGGGCGAGACGGUGGGCCAGGUCUCCAAGGAGAGCAAGCACAUCUGGAAGCUGCAGUGGGCCACCACCAUCCUAGACAUCGAACGUUCCUUCCCUGUGUUCCUGAGGAAGGCUUUCCGCUCCGGCGAGAUGGUGACGGUGGGCAAGAGCUCUGACGGGACCCCCGACCGUAGGUGGUGCUUCAGGGUGGACGAAGUGAACUGGUCCCACUGGAACCAGAACCUGGGCAUCAUCAACGAGGACCCGGGCAGGAACGAGGCCUACCAGUACUACGGCUUCUCCCACACCGUGGGCCGUCUGCGCAGGGACCGGUGGUCGUCCGUGGUGCCGCGAGUGGUGGAGCUGAACAAGAGCACCGGCCCGGACGAGGUGGUGGUACCCCUAGACGGCCUGGGCAAGGUCGGCUGUGACAGCCGCCCCCCCAAGUGGAGGACCGAGGACGCCCCCCUCUAGCUGCACCACCCCAGCCCGCCCACUGCCUCCCACCGCCCGUCAGCUCUUCAGGGGCACAUCCCCGUGGCGUCCUCGGACCCUGCUUCCACCCCAGAGGCGAGGGCCGAGUGGACACGCCAGGGAGGCCCUAAGACCCUCUCUGCCCCCUGGACCCAGGCGGAGGCUCCAGCUGCUUGUCUUGCUCCCAUGGAGCCACAGAAGCAAAGCCCCCUCCCCACGCAGGGCCCAGCCCUCCUUUAUUUAUUUACACUGCUCUCAGGACAAUUCAGCCCCUGCCCCCAGCAGGGUGGUGUCCAGGAGCCCAGCUUGCUGGGUGCUGGGUGCUGGGUGCUGGCCCUGGGUGGGGAGACACCUCCUCAUCCUCUUGGGGCUGGUGGUGCUUAAUAAAAGGUCACUUGUUGAUGGUG